UUACCCAUCUGCCGUAAGCGGCGCUCUUUCCCAUAGCCAUAUCAUUUUCACGACGACUGAUUGUCAAGGAUGGCAUCGCUUCGCCGUUGUAUUUUUGGCCCCCAACUCUACAGGAUUCAUGCUCAGCAAGAUGCUCUGGGACAUGAGUACCAACCAAGUGUUUUGGAACGCCAGGGAAACAAUGUUGUCAGAAUUAUCUCAUUGUGCUGGUCCUUUUCUUACUACACAUCUCCGUUCUUAUUGGCCUACUUGUAUCGCAAAAAUUAUUUCAGCUAUGAAGGUAUGCUCGGUAUUGGCAAGGUAGUAGGUACAGUCCUACCCAUACUUGCCUUCGCACUGUGUAUCCGAGGGAUCGGCCGUUAUACUAAUGAAGAAUACUGCUCCUUCCUGGCAUUGCUGGAAAGUGCCAAAGUAAACGACAGUCAGGAACUAAAGAAGAAGCUCCAGUUUUAUGACUUUGAAUUCAGCCAUUGGCCAACAGAUUUCAGAUGGAAUGACAUCAGCGGUGAUAAAAGCAAGAUCAAGUCCUCACUCCUCAAUUGGCCCAACCCAAGGCAAGCGGCAUCGUCCGGAAGCCUGCUGUCUCGACUUGCUGGCAUGCCCAUGCAGUUCCUGAGCUACACCGUCAUGCAUACCGUGGGGAGAAUGCUCAUCUAUCCAGGGCACACACCACUGUUCAACACACUCGUCUGGCCUGCUUUAAUUGAAGGGAGAGCCAAGCUGUUUGAAAACAACGGCGCCGUGCGCUCCAAACUCAUAGCAAGAGAUGGCAACGAGAUCGAUAUCGUGGUCAUCGAUAAGAGAAACAAGGAGUCAUCACACGGCAACAAACUGGUUAUUUGCUGUGAAGGAAAUGCUGGCUUCUAUGAAGUAGGCUGUCUGGUGUCACCAUUAGAAGCAAAGUACUCGGUGUUGGGCUGGAACCAUCCAGGAUUUGGCGGUAGCACUGGCAAACCUUUUCCUGAGAAUGAGGCCAAUGCAGUGGAUGUUGUCAUCCAGUAUGCUAUCCACCGACUUGGGUUUGAGCUGAAGGAUAUCAUACUCUUUGCCUGGUCAAUAGGAGGGUAUACAGCGAGUAUUGCAGCAAAAGAAUAUCCUGAUAUAGGAGGUGUUAUUCUAGAUGCAACAUUUGAUGAUCUAGUGCCUCUAGCUAUUCCGAAGAUGCCUGAAUUCAUGAGCAGUUUGGUGGUACACUCCAUACGCAACUACAUGAAUCUGAACGUAUUUGAUCAUCUGUGCAAAUACCCUGGACCUAUUCGAUUAAUACGUCGUUCAAGGGAUGAAGUCAUAACUACAUCUUUGACUCCAGACAUAGCCACAAACAGAGCCAACAAUCUGCUGCUGAAACUCUUUGAAAAUAGAUAUCCCAAGUUGAUGGAUGAAGACACAGUCAAGGUGCUGUGGCAGUAUAUGCAGGCACCAGACCAACUCACUGCAUUGUCCUUCUAUGAGACCUAUGAGGUUGAAGAUUCGGCAUGCCAGCGCGUCAUGCAGGACUACGUGCUGAGACACUCAGGCAGCUUUCCUAUGCUCAUAGGUGACAAGGACCUGCAGUCGGUGACAAGGGUGCAACUUGUUCUAUACUUGGCCGGCAAAUACAUGUCCGACUUCGACGCCACUCACUGUACUCCUCUACCAUCGCUUCUGUUCGACAUGCCCUGGUCUGUUCAGGAGGAUUCAUUUGACACUGACAUGGACUAAGGAAGACUUACCUAGUCCAUCAAUCGGUUUGAUGUAACGUGCUUGGUUUAACUUAGUAAAGCACAUGGAUUGAUUACUAAAAUACUUCAACUAGUCAGAGAAAUUGAUUUACCUGCAAUCCUGUUUACAUGUCGUGUAACUAACGAAACUUGUAGAAUGAAAGGUUUUAACCUGUAAGUGCCACUUAAACAAUCAACUAAUUAACUAGCAAUCUGGUUUAAAUGUGUGAAACGCAGGCAUGGACAAAAGAAGACUUUCACCAGUUAGUGGUUUGUAGUAAUCAGUUUGAUUAACUUGCAACCUGGUUUCAUUUUAGUAUAGUUAAGUUUAUAAUCGGUUUUGUACAAUUCACAGUACAAUAAUUCGUUUUCGUUUUCAGAGCGUGACUAUAACAAGGAAUAUUGUAUCUUUAAAUGGUAACUCGUAUUUAACAAUUGUUGACUGCUGUGAUGUGGGAUAUGACCUUUUUAACACCCGAGGGGCGCAUAACACACGAGCCGAAGCCGAUGGUGAUAUGUGCCCAAGAGGAUUAUAUAUGCUCUAUCCCACAUCACAGCAGUCAACAAUUGUUUUGUUAUAUCGUGCCAAUAAGUUGAAAAGAAAAAGAUGUGUAACCUAGUAGGCAAGAACUAAAAUAAAACACUGCAGUGUUAACUUUUGAUGAUUGCAAGCUUUCUUGCCUGACAUUGUUAUAUGCAACUCGGUAUAUCAGGUACAUGUAUAUGAAACGCAGUGUAUAUGAAAUAAACUGUUAUUGUUAUUGACUGGACACGUGGCCGUUCUGGAGCAAUGAAAUGACAGUAUCAAAUACACGAUAUAACAAUCUUGCUUGUUUUGUCACAAGAAAUUCAUUGAUGAAUCUUGAUGCCUUCAUUUUGAAUCAUGUUUGCAAUUCCCGCAAUGAUAUUGUAAGUGUUUUCUCCUUUUUUAAUAGAAGUUUUCGAAAUGAUUUUUGGAAGUGAAAGCAAAGGGCUUUAUAUACUUGCGACCGCUAGGAUAUAUAAUCGUGGAAUAUGUAUUGUUCGUGUUUUUAAUUAUCAGCCCGUAGCUCGUCUUUAACUUUCAAGAUUCUCCUUAACAAUUUUGACUGACGUUAUCGAUGUAACUCUGCACAAAAAACAUUACUCCUAUACAUUUCAAAACGAUUAUAUGUCUAUUCUUAUCAGCGACGUGAACGCGUGAAUUUAUAGAACGGAAUUAAAAUCUUCAAAAGUAAAAGUAAAUGAUGUGUUCCCAUUUCUCGGGAAUAAGGUGACAAUUUCUUAAGCUGCUAAUGUAGGAUAGAUAGGAUUAAACUCGCUCUUUUAAGAAGUGUAAAUAAUCAUUCAUAAAUACCCAAGACAGUUUACCCAUUCCUAUUGGUCGAAAGCCCGUCACGUGUGUGUUUUCAACCGCCCGUAAAACACAGCUGCGUUCUGUAAUUUGCAUAUAUUAAGGAGGUUUUUUUUUUUUGCACAACGCGCGCGAGGACAAUACCAUAGACAUGGCCAGGGGAGUGUUUCACAAAAUAUGAAGUAAAUUUGCUUCACAAAAUAUUAUUGUUCGAAUUUGUCAUAUUGAGGUAUUUGACUUUUUGGCGAAAAGGGUAUUUAUGAAUGGGAAUAAAUAUGUGCUGAGCCGGUUUCAAACAAGUAUUUUUAAAGCCUGGAUAAUGUCCGUCGCCGAUUAUUAUUCCCUUAUGAAAAUUCACUUUAAAAAUAAAAAGAAUAUUGUGCUCUGAACGCACCAACUCCUUUAAA